AAACCUUCGGUACACUGCGGUCGCAUUUCACGCAUGAAAGCUAAUAAUAUAAUGUCAAAACUACAGUGCAGGACUUCUUUAGAACUAAUCUCAUCCGCCAGUGUCAGAGGGUAAGGCUUAAUUAAAAUUGUAUCUAAGCCUCAGUAGAAUUGCUAUCGGGAAAAUAAAUUGCCGAAAUGUAACACCUGUCAACUAGAAACUGGGUGAUUCGUAUUAAGUCACACGAAGUUAUUUAAAUAAGGUUUUUCAUUUUGUUUUAAAACUACAACCCCUACGAGGUUUAAUCGUGGAGCUAUAAAGAAUAGCGAUGUAACCGACCAAGAGCUCGAAUGCAUACCAAUCCACGUGACAUAGUGGAACUAUUUCGCGUUGGUGUUUGUUUGCCAGGGGAAGUACUUCGAGAACGUUUCUAUAGGAAGUGGCAAACGCUUGAUUUUGAUUUUAAUAAGUUAUUUUCAUGGCUAUAUGAUCCGAGUACUUCGUUGUGGCAUGUUAGUCAGCUACAGCAGCAGCUCCGAAGACGACGAAGAAAACGAAGAUAGGGAUAAAAGGAAGCAUAAAGGUUUUAAAAAUGACGACUGUGCGCCGGCAUGUAAAAAGCUGAGAUGUGUCACAACAACACGGGAUGGCCGCCCCCAAACGGCUGAGCUCCACCGUGCACUGGCAAAACCCCGCCUGCCGUUGCCAGGUAGCGUUCUCGAAAUGUUCAGGGAAACUGAGGAUCCAUCAGUUGAGGACAGCUCGCUGCACGGCGGCAGAGUGCGAUCCUUCCAGCAUGAGCGGGGAAACUGGGCUACAUACGUGUACCUUCCGUACGAUCCCGAUGAGGUGUUUCUGGAGCUGGUCGGGGCGAUGAUGCAGGUGGUGUCGGCCCAUGGGCUCUCCCUGAACUGGGCGGAGGAGUUCCAUGUCAGCCUGUCUCAGACGGUGGUCCUGCGGCAUCACUGGAUCCAGCCAUUCGUGCUGUCCCUUCGUACGGGGCUGGCCUCCUACCCACGGAUGGUGUGUUUGGCUGAAAAGAUGAAGGUGUACACUAAUGACGCAAAGACCAGGACAUUUCUGGGUGUGGAAAUCACCACUGGGCAUGCGCAGCUGUUGGAGGUUGUGAGGGCUGUUGAUCAAACCAUGGAGGAGUUCAGUCUGGACACCUUCUACAAGAACCCCUCCUUCCACAUGAGCCUGGCCUGGUCUGUGGGCAACUGUGUAGACCAGCUGAGCAGCAAGUGUCUGCAAGAGCUUCAGGCCACUCUGGACUCCCAUGAGGAUGGGUCCUUCCUGCUGAGACUGGCCUGUGAGGAGCUCCGCUGCAAAUCCGGGAACAAAGUCUUCACCUUCCCCCUGCGCUCCCCUCUGCCCCCUGACCCCAGCGAGUGAGGCUGCAUCGGUCUCCCACUGGGUGUGGCUCUCCACAUCACAGAUUCAGUCUGUACUCCAUCGCUCUGCCCAUUACUGGAUUCGCAAAGCCACGUUCCCCCAUCACUAGCGCCGAACCUGCAAAUCCGGGGAGAAAGCACUACGCGCUGUUCGCACUGCACCUUAUGGUGGAAAUGAGGGUCGCGGGUAGAGUUUCUGCCUCCUAACUAAUCGUAGCUUUCCUGAUUCCCAGGGCAACUUUUCUCAUUAGCAAAUUUACACGCAUUUUACAUUUUGUUUGCAAAGAAUAAACUAUUUUAAACUUUUCUACAAA